AUGUUCGACACGGUCUGCACGCUUCCGCUGUCCUCAGACCUGUUCACCCAAGCUAUCCACCCCAAGGAGCCUGUGGUAUCGGUUGGUCUGGCUGCGGGCCACGUUCAAACCUUCCGAUUGCCGUCGGAAGAGAGCGACAGCGAUGAUGAUGCCUCGACUUCGUCUUCGCGCAAUGGCAAGGGCCACAUUGACACCAUGUGGAGGACACGGCGACACAAGGGCAGCUGUCGGUGCUUGGCAUUCAGCGUUGAUGGAGAAAUGCUGUACUCCGCUGGCACGGACGGUUUGGUGAAGAUGGCCAAGGCAGAGAGUGGACAGGUGGAGAACAAGAUUGCAAUUCCUCUCGAGAAGAAUGGGUCAAUCGAUGCGCCUACCGUCAUUCACGCCCUCUCCCCUCAGACUCUUUUGCUUGCGACAGACUCGAGCGCAUUGCACCUCUACGAUCUCCGCAUUCCCUACUCCAAGGUCUCUGCACGACCCGAGCAGUCGCACCACCCCCACGACGACUACAUCUCCUCUCUGACUCCCCUCCCUGCCUCCGACACCAGCACCUCCGGCUUCAGCAAGCAAUGGGUCACGACUGGUGGCACUACCCUUGCUGUGACUGAUCUGCGCCGCGGCGUCCUAGUACGCAGCGAGGAUCAAGAGGAAGAAUUGGUCAGCACUGCCUUCAUCGGCGGACUUGCCAGCAGCGGCACCAGCCGUGGUGAGAAGGUGGCUGUAGGUGGAUCCAACGGCGUCAUCACGCUCUGGGAGAAAGGCGCGUGGGAUGAUCAAGACGAGCGAAUCUACGUUCAGCGCGACGCCGGUGGCGCAGAGGCAAUUGAGACGCUGGUCACCGUGCCAGAUGAGCUGGGCCGGGGCAAGAUCUUGGCAGCCGGUCUCGGCAAUGGAUUGAUCAAAUUCGUUCGCAUCGGCCAGAACAAGGUGUCGUCCGAGAUUGUCCACGAUGAAACCGAGGGUGUGGUUGGCCUUGGCUUCGAUGUCGAGGGUCGGCUGGUCUCUGGUGGUGGUCAGAUCGUCAAGGUCUGGCAUGAAGCUGUGAAUGGUUCGGGUGGCGACAACCUGGCGGGAGGAAAGCACAUGAUGGGUGAUAGCGACGACAGUGGUGAUGACUCCGACGACAGCGAUGCAGAGGAGCGACGGAACACGAAUACGAACGAGCGCAAGAAGCGUAAGAAGGGCAAGUCGGGCCGUGGUACUGGACCGGAUGUCAUCGCUUUUGACAUGGACUAA